GUGAAGAGAUUGUUUUCUGAAGGCUGCAUUGGAGGCUGUGACAGAGCGGAGAACCUGAGUGGAGCUGAUGGGGAGGCUUUCUGAGUAACAUGGCCCUUCGCCAUUAGCCUUGCCAUGACCACAUUUUUCACCAGCGUCCCUCCCUGGAUUCAAGAUGCAAAGCAGGAGGAGGAAGUGGGCUGGAAACUAGUUCCCAGGUCUCGGGGCCGGGAGGCAGAGAGUCAAGUGAAGUGCCAAUGUGAAAUCUCGGGGACACCAUUCUCAAAUGGGGAGAAGCUGAGGCCUCACAGCCUCCCCCAUCCAGAGCAGAAACCAUAUAGCUGCCCUCAGCUGCACUGUGGCAAGGCUUUUGCUUCCAAAUAUAAACUGUAUAGGCACAUGGCCACCCACUCGGCCCAGAAACCCCACCAGUGCAUGUAUUGUGAUAAGAUGUUUCACCGCAAGGACCAUCUGCGCAACCACUUACAGACCCAUGACCCCAACAAAGAGGCCCUCCACUGCUCUGAGUGUGGUAAGAAUUAUAAUACGAAGCUGGGCUACCGUCGCCACCUGGCUAUGCAUGCUGCCAGCAGCGGUGACCUCAGCUGCAAGGUGUGCCUGCAGACCUUUGAGAGUACCCAGGCCUUGCUAGAGCACCUGAAAGCCCACUCACGCCGGGUAGCAGGCGGUGCCAAGGAGAAGAAGCACCCCUGUGACCACUGCGACAGGCGGUUCUAUACUCGUAAAGAUGUGCGGCGGCACCUGGUGGUGCACACAGGCCGCAAGGACUUUCUGUGCCAGUACUGUGCCCAGCGAUUUGGCCGCAAAGACCACCUGACACGUCAUGUUAAGAAGAGCCACUCUCAAGAGCUGCUCAAGAUCAAGACAGAGCCAGUGGACAUGUUAGGCCUGCUUAGCUGUAGCUCCACAGUCAGUGUGAAGGAAGAGCUGAGCCCUGUGCUGUGCAUGGCCUCUCGGGACGUGAUGGGGGCCAAGGCCUUUCCUGGCAUGUUGCCCAUGGGCAUGUAUGGUGCCCACAUCCCUACCAUGCCCAGCACGGGCGUGCCACACUCCCUGGUACAUAACACACUGCCCAUGGGUAUGAGCUACCCUCUGGAAUCCUCACCAAUCUCUUCCCCACCUCAGCUCCCUCCAAAAUACCAGCUUGGAUCUACCUCAUACUUGCCCGACAAAUUGCCCAAAGUGGAGGUGGAUAGUUUUCUGGCAGAGCUUCCUGGGAGCCUGUCUCUCUCAUCUGCUGAACCCCAGCCCGCCUCACCUCAGCCAGCGGCAGCUGCGGCCCUCCUAGAUGAAGCACUGCUCACCAAGAGCCCCGCCAACCUCUCUGAGGCCCUCUGCGCUGCUAAUGUGGACUUUUCCCACCUACUGGGCUUUCUUCCACUCAAUCUGCCCCCAUGUAACCCGCCUGGGACCACAGGAGGCCUGGUCAUGGGCUAUUCCCAGGCUGAGGCACAGCCCCUGCUCACCACUUUGCAAGCUCAGCCUCAAGAUUCCCCAGGAGCUGGGGGACCACUGAACUUUGGGCCUCUGCACUCCUUGCCUCCUGUCUUCACUUCUGGCCUGAGUACUACCACCCUGCCUCGUUUCCACCAAGCAUUCCAGUAGCCCUCACGGAGGUCCUCAGCACAGUCUUUGGCUCUAUCAUGGAGCCUGAGUAUCUUCCCUGUCCGCCUCCCCCACAAAGGCAGCUGAGCUUUCAGAGCUGGGUUCAAAAAGCAAAAAUUCCAAUGUCUGUAUGGAGCACUUGGUUUGAGGGUUCAGGCUCCGGGAUUGAUUCCAGGAAGCCUUGAGCCCCAGCAUCGUGGAAAGAUCUACCAUAGGACUUUCAGGUAUUUUUACUUUUAUUUUGUGAUCUGAAUUGGGAGCCACACUUACCCUUCUCCUUCUCCAAAGCGUCAGAACCUCCUCUUUGGAGGAGGGGAAGGCUUCUUGGAGACACAGAGGGUUCACGUUGGUUGACCUCAAGAGAAAUUGCUGAAGAAACCUGUUGCCUAUCUCAGCCUUCAGACCCCACAGCAGUUAGUUGGUCAGGCCCUGCUGUGGAAGGUCACUUGGCUCUAUCACCUGCUUCCAAGCGGCAGGCAGGAAAGAAGGCUUCUAUUCUUCCCGACCACCCCCAUCCCCACUAUACCAACAGCUCUGUUUUCAGUCAGUGUUGUUCAGCAACGGUACCGUUUACACAUUCGUCUCAGACACACCAUUUCACCUCCCUUGCCACGCUGUUAGCCUUAGAAUGAUUGCAGUGAACACUGUUUACACACCGUGAAUCCAUUCCCACCAGUCCAUUUCAGUUGGCACCAGCCGGAACCACUUGGUACCUGGUGUUAACUGGAGCCCUGUUUACAAGGCGGAGUCGGGUCUUGCUGACUUCUCUUCACUUGAGGUCACAUUUUUCCCCUGUGGGGAAAUAAACUGACUUUUGGACUGCUUCAGUUUCUGCCAUCUUCCAUGACUGCAUCUGUUCCUGCCUUCCUCGGCAGUGUCCACAGGAGACCGGCAAGAAUAUUGGAGCAGCUUUCUCACAGGUCUGUUUUUCUCCAAGUCCAUCAUGACCCCCUCAUCACCCUUUUGAACUGGAGAGGGGAAGAAAUGAAAGGCAUGCCCAUCUGUCACUUGCCCAUUCCUUAAUUCCCACUCAGAUCAUUAUGAGCUGUUGUUGUUUGUCUUGGAAGGAGGGACUCUGGGUUCUAUGCGGGUGGGAACAGCAAAGGAGAGGGGAUGAGCCCCUCAUUUGUCUCCUUCCUGCCUGCCCCUUUUUCAGGAAGUUGUGGAAUUGUUAGAAGUUUUUAGAAAGCUAGGGCUGGGCAGAUAGUUGAGUCCUAAUCAAUCUAAUCAUUGUCUCCCAUACCAAAAAUUUUCUGCCCACAGUGUCCCUUCAUCUCCUCCACUUCGCAGUCCCCGUGGAUGCAGGGCCACUGUGCAUAGGCUUCUGUGCUGUCCCUCAAGGAACUUUCACCUUCUUCUCAUGGUCCCCUUCAGUUUUGUCCUUACUAUCUAACAAGGUUUUUUGCAAGAGGAGAUUAGUUCUAUUGACUUGUGAGGCUCCCUGGCACAGACAGUGUAGCCUUUACCCAGAACCCAGCCAGACCCCAAAGCCUGCUUCAUCUCAGUUCCACAUGGGCUUUUCCCACGCAUGGAAGGAGGCAGCUCAGGGACCACUGUUGUGGGACUCUCUUGAGAUACCUCCUCUCUGAUUCAGAAACACACUUCUACCUCUUUACUGUUAACUUGUACAGAUGUAGCCAGCAGUUUCUGGGCACUUCUGUCAGGGGUGCCUCAUGCUGGCCUUUCCACUAGGGUUUCAGGACAAACUACCUAGGAACUGCCUCACCCUCCUACUAGGCCUCCCACCCCCUUCUGUCUAGACUUCAUGUAUCAUCAGGAACUGAGCAGGUCAAUACCUAGCUUCUGCUUUAGUCCAGGCCAGUACCCUUAUUUGAGGUGAAAGCCUUAAAGUUUAGCUCCCCGGCCCUUGAUUGGAGGCAAUGCAGAGUGAAUAAUUAACCAUGUUUUGAUUUAGGCAAGGUAGCUUGGGAUACUUUUUCAAAAGUAAAGCCAGAUAUAAAAAUGUCUGGCAACAUUAACAUCAGUCUAGGUGAUUUGCUUCUAAAAAUUAGUUUCAGUGAGUCCCAGAGACUUAAUUACGUUUUUUUAAAAAAGCGUCUAUCUUGGUAUUCAGCCACCUCCUGCAUGCUGUGCAUGUUACUGGGACUCAUGUUAUAGGAAAUAGUAUGUGAGAAUCCAAGCAGGACUUGCUGUUGCCAUUUUCCUUGUAUCUGGUCUUAACUCGACCUAGCAACCCUCUCCCCUAGCCUGCUAUCUUCCCUGCACCCUCAGUUUCUAGAGGCAGAUGGGCUCUUGGCCACAGAAUAUAAAGUCCUGGGCGGUUAGAGGAGUCUUCUCUGCCUACCCUUUUCCUGUCCCUUCCUUGAACUCCUCCCUCUGUAGGGAUGCUUUGCAACACAUAGGACAGGCAGAAUAGCUAUUUAAAAUCUUGUAACUGGCCCUUGUCUUUUUUCCUUCCCAUCUUUCCUUCCCACCUCCCUUCUUCUUCCUUCCUGCCUUUCCUUUCCUCUUAGCGUCCUUACCAUCACAAGGAAUUUUCCUGUCACUCUAAACUUUGCUGGUGCAGAGGAACAUUAUCUGCCUUCACCUUUUGUGGACCACAGUCACCCUGCUGUUUCUUAAACCUUUCUCCACACCAACCCCCCCAAAAGCCCCUCCCCUUUUUGAAAGGGCAGGCUGUUCAAAGAAUAAGAGUAGCUUUAUCUUAUACUCAGUACCCAGACAUACUUCAGUAUCCUUACUGAAGCCACGAGAACCUGAGGGGCACCUGCCAGGACAGGGGCCGUCGCAUGUGGAACAGGCUAAGGACCAGAAAAAAAGGAGUGAUGUGUCCUUUCUGCAACCCUGAUCCAGCCUCUUGUCAGCCGUAAGCUGACGUGUAUGUGGGUAGGCAUAUCCCACCCUGCACAGUAGCUGCUCAGAGCUGAGUACAGUCCUGGGCCCAGGGGCUGAAAUGCCUGGGUGUCAGCUCAAAGGAUCUCUGCCCUAUCUCAAAGAGGUGGAGGCAGGGGAAGGUUCACCAAUGAGUUUUUCUCCCCAACUUUUUACAAAUGGCAUUUGUUGAUGGAAAUCCGGGAAGCAAGUGUGAUUACUUUUUUGCUUGUAGACAUUGUCCUAAGUUUAAAUUUCCCCACUGCCCUAAACUUUCCCUAGUAUCCCUUAAAUUCUCCCCUCCCUUUUUGGUAGCUCUUUUCUCCAUCCUCCCUCAAUCUCCCCUCUUACCUAGGAACUGUUUUUAAGCACGAUUUUUUAAAACAGGUAAUAUUGUACAGGAUCAAUAUUUUGCUUUUUAACAAGGAUAUUUAUGUAAUAAGAAACUUUGCCUUAGGCAGGUGUUGGCCAGAAAAGUCCAGAUUCCUCUGGGACCCCCACCCUGGCCUCUCCUGGAGCUCUGAACCUGCUGUGGAAGGAAUUGGCCAUGACCUUCACCACUGGAGAGUAAGGCCUGUGGCGAGGGAAAGGGGUGUUCACUGUGAUAACCUAGUGCCUCUGUGGAGGGGUGUGGAAGCAUCCCAGUCCAGUUGCUUCUGGUUUCAGCUGACUCCCCCUCCCCCCACCUCUCCACCUCUGCAUAUUCAGCACUAGAAUGAAUGCCUGAACACCACUUCUCACGCUCUUUCCUCCCUCUUGAGUGGCUGAGGCUUUGAGGCCACUCCUUUGUAACGCCAGAUUAUUUAAAGAGAAAAAAAUACAAGACAAAAAUCUUCUAGCACUUUGUAAACACAGUGAAUAACCUCUUGGAGUAUUUUUGGCUUUAUAUAAAACAAGGUUUUUAAUUGUAAAAUAUAAGUGCCAUUAGAAAAUGCACAGGGCGUUAUCUUUGUUAAGGUAGAUUUUUUCAAUGUUUUACAGAAUUACAUUUUCAAAAAAAGUUUUUAUAAUGAAGUUGUUUAUUAAAAACUUCUGAAUGAUGUG